UGCUCACACUCCUCCUGUUCAGAUGGCCUCCAGCUGUCCUCUCCCAGGUGGAGCAGCAGUGCUUGGAGCAGCUGCAGCUCGCUUCCUUAUCUGCUUGGGUCCACGUUAGGCCCUGCUUCUGCAGCAGGAAUAGCUUCAGAGUGCGUGCUGUCAUCCAGAGCCUGCUGGGUCUGCUGUGCUGCGAGGGCCCUUGGCUGCAGAAGCUCAGGUUGCACAGGUGCUAAGCCAUGGCUGACUUGGAUCACAGCCUCAGCCUUGCGGAUGCUCUGACAGAGCCACCUCCUGAGAUUGAGGAGGAGGUGAAACGGGACUUCAUUGCCACGCUGGAAGCGGAGAAGUUUGACGACGUGGUUGGAGAGACGGUGGACAAAACAGAUUAUGUGCCUCUGCUGGACGACGACGAUGCAGGGAGCCAGGAACCAAAAAGCAAAGCCCACGCUGACGGCAUUCAGGUGGAACAUCCUUCAGCCGCUGGGCCAACUGUAAUAGAAAAUGGUGACCAUGGGAUGGAAGAUCACCGCCCAGUGUUCCCGGGAGAAAUCAUGGAUGAAAAGCUGUCCUACAAAGAGUUCCUCGACCGCAACGACACGUGGGCCAUGGAUGACAGAGAUCUGUGCUUUGAGCCACAGCCUGUGUUCAAACCCAUGGAGAUGGCAGACCCCUUUGGUGUGCACCGAGCGGAGAACCUGCCAGACCUGUCCUUUCCUCCUGACAUGAAGAAUGUGCAGCUCUUCACAGACCAUGCUGACGCUUCCACAGACAUCCAUGUGCCACAUGGGUCUGUGAUGGUGCCCCAGCAACCUUUCCUGGGGUCCCCCUAUUGCCCUGCAGAGGUCUUGGACCCAUCAGCCUUCAUGGGCCUCGAUUCAGCUGCACCAUUUCUGCAAGACAAAGCAGUGCCUGAAGAUCAUUGGAUGGGAGCUCAGCAUUACGCAAAGGGACCGGAUGCCUCUUUCUUUGCUGAGCCCCCAGUGCCCCCCACAGCCCUGGAAGCAGAAGUGCUGACUGUGCCGGAGUGCCCUGCAGCAGCAGCUCCUUACUUUGUUCCUACGGCGUUAGCAGCAUCUCCAGCAGAAGCCGAAGCUGCCGAGGCACCACAAGCAGAUGCUGAGAGUGUUGUUGCCUCGGAUGCAGAGCAAGCUGGGCCCAUCCUGGCAGGGGACACGAAGCCUCCUCAUGCUGUGGAUGCUGGAUCUGUGCCUCCAGCAGAAGCUGAGCCCCCACAGGGCACGGAUGUGGGCUUUGCCCCUGCAGCAGAGGCCAAACCUCCCAGUGCUGCUGCUGCAUCCACCCCAGUGCUGGAUGCUGCCUGGAGCCCAGCUGCAGACGCUCAGCCCCAUAGCGCCGUGGGUUUGGAGUUCUCCCCAGCAGCAGAUAUGGAUCCUCACCAUGCUGUGGAUCUGACAUUUGCCCCCACAGCUGAUGCUGAGUCUCAUCGUGCUGCAGAUUCAGAGUUUACCUUUCCAGCAGAAGUGGACCAUCUUCACGCUAUGGAUUCCAGCACUGCUCCAGCACUGGAUGCCAAACCUUCUCCUGUAGAUUCAAGUUUUGUCUCUGCACCAGAAGCAAAGUCUGUCUGUGCAGCUGACACCGAAGUCACUGCACUGGAAGAGCUGGUGACAUCUGAGCCCUCUGCUGAGCGAGACGAGUCCCCCUCCCACGAAGCUCCUGCAGAAACAACUGUAAGCAUGGAACAAGAACCAAAAGCCCCCGAGGGUUACGUUGAUGUUUCAUUAGAGAAAGCGAAGGAUGGCUCACCGUCUGCCAGCCACCACGCUGAGCACCUUCCAGCACCAACCAACCACGUCCCAGAACCCACAGUUCCAGUAGAAACAAAAGAAGACACAGCACUAGAAAACAAAGAGCUCCCUUCAGAGCAGAGUGUCACUGCUGUGGAUGUGCCUGCAGUGGAGCAACGGAAGGAGGAGGCUGAGCAGAACCACAUCCAGCACACGGAGCCCCCGCAAGAAGCAGCCCUGCGAGAGCCUGCAGGUCCGCCUCCUGCACAAAUGAGGCAAGCUAACAAACCGAGUGGACGCGGGGUUGGCCGAGCGCAGCCUGCCCUGCUGCCCACUGCAGAUGGAGCAGAGGAGCACCCCGUAGGUCCCCCGCAGCAGAAGAGCUCUGAGCCUGGAGCAGAGCAGUGCUGUGCUGCAGAGCUGCCAUGUGCUGCCGGAGCUGCCCUGCACGGCACGGCUGCAGCCAGGAGGGCGGCGGAGCCUCUCCCAGAGCUCAGGCAGAGCUGCAGAGAUGCGCCGCGGGAGAGCUGGGACAUGGAAGGAGCUCUGGCCAUGGGCAAGAAGAAGAAAAAGAAACCGAAGCAAAGGAGGAACCAUCUGCCAAGAGCUGUGGAGUUCUGGGAUGAAAACACGGCUGUCUGCAGAGCUCCUAAGAGUUCUCCGUUGGCUGUUGAGGUGCAAAAAGCAGCCGUUGGGCCCAGCGUGCAUGCAGAGCUGUUGGUUGCCUCAGGAAACAGAGCUUCAGAUGUGCCAAAGGAUGCUGCAGUGAUGACUGGGAGUCACAUCCUGGAUGAUCCAAAGGGCCGUGUUGUGCCAGCGCCGGGCCGGCAGGGCACCAAGAGCAGCGCGCCGUUCAAAUCAGUGCUGGAUGAGAAAAAUAGAGACAUCACAAGAGCAGAGGAAAUGAGAGCUGACAGCUCGAUGGUGCAGUGCGAAGGGAAAGGAAAGGUGCCCUCAGAGCAGAGAGGAGAGGCUGAGGUGGGGGAGCCCAUAGCAGCAGAGGUGCCAGCCACGUCUGUGGGAAGAUUUCCUGAUAGAGAUGGGAAGAGGGAAGGUGGGGAGCCAGCGUGGGCUGAGCUGAAGGCAUCUCCUUCAGCAGCCAUCGAUAUAAGCAAGGUAGAAACUCCUUCAGAGAUCAAACCUUCCCAAAUUCUCCCUUCUGAUAAAGAUAAGGAUGCUAAGGGUGUACCUCCCAAGCACAGAGCACCCAGUGAUACCAGCUGCGAGCUUCAGGCUUCCAAUGGGUCACUGGGAGAAGCAGCGCAGGAGAGUGGUGAGCAAAACAAAGAGCUGAGCAAUGGAUCCUUCCAGGCACCUCCUCCAGCCCCAUCCACCCUGCUUCCCAACAAGCCAAGGGCAGCAGAUGGAGCUAAGCUGGCAUCCCCCAGUGAGCGCGAGGCCGUUGGCUUAAGUUCUUCUGAGGGAGUACUGAAGAGCCCAGCAGAUGCCACCAAAGUGUCUGUUACACCAUUAAUGGCUCAGAACCCUGAGGGAGGCACUGCUCUGCAGAACAGGAAGGCUGAUGGUUCUGAGCAGCCAGCUCAAAUGGAAGGCAGAGCUGCUCCUGCUGAGGCAGCACGCGGAGGUACAGCAGCGUAUUCCCCUGACAGAAACAAAGGGAAUGGGUUUAUUGCAGAGGAGCAGCAGACUGGAAGAGACCUCGGCGUUGCACACGGGAUGGACAGACCUAAAAAAAAGCGCAGUGAAGGGAAAGGCAGGAAAGUGAGAGGUUUCUCUGAGGGUCUGGAGGAUGCGGGCACUGAUGGAGUGAGGAUGGGGGAGGUGAUGAGGGAAAGGCCUUUCCCUGAUAAAGGCAGGGAGGGAGGUUAUUCUGCCAGGGGACACUGGGCAGACAAGCCCAAAAAGAGAGGUAACGAUGGGAGGAGUAAAAGAGGAGAAAAAAGCUUUUUCCAGCAGCCUUUUGUGGAGAGUAAGAUGGGCCUUAAUAGCUCUCCUGACAGAGCUGGCACAGCUCAGGAGGUCAGCCAUGAGAGGGGCUGUGUCACUGCUGUGUGCUUCCAGGAGAACACGUUGGAUGUAACUGCAGCACAAAGGCCCAUUGAGGGAGUAACAGAGGAGCCCAGAGAAAAUGCUGGGAAAUGUGAGAUGGCUGAGCUGGGGGCUUUGGGCCAACAGUUCCUUCCAGCGGGUAGGAGAGAUGAUACAAAGCAUCUCGCCGUGGCUGACACCGUCAGCAAAACAAAGGAGGUCAAUGUUGUGGGUGAGGGCAGAGAGGCUGGAGAUGCUUCUCCAGGUGGAUGGGUUGGGGUGGGUUCUGAGGCAGACAAACGUAGGAAAAGGUGUAGUGAUGGGAAAAGGAAAAGGAGUGAGAAAGGUCCUUCUGGGCUGAUGGCUGUCCUGGACACUGGGGUGGGAGCUGUUCCAAGCAAAGAGAAGGGCACUGAGGAAAUGAAGGCAAUGGCCUCUGGGAAAGAGAAGGUGCCUGGUUCUGAAAGAGGGGUUUUGCUGGAGCACGUGACAGCUGUAGCAAAGGAGGUGUUGGAAAAGCCCGAAGGAGAGGGUCGAAGUUUCUCUCAUCAGCCAGUUCUUCCAGGCCAUAAAACAGAGCCAGAAAUAGGCAAUGCUAAUGAAACGUGGCGCAGUGCUAAGUGCAAGGAGACAGAUGUCCAUCCAGCAGAGCACAGGGCAGACACAGUGAUGGCACGUGGUCCCACCACGGAGAUGGAGGCAGACAGACCUGAGGAAAAAGGCAGAGAGGCUGAGGGUGGCCGUGGGCAGUCUGUAGCACCAGGUCUGGGUAUUAUCCCUGCCGUGGGUGGAGAGGUGGGAAAUGCUCAACAAGUUCAGCCUAAAGAGAACAAUUUCAGUGCUUCAGUAGGUCUGCCAGGUGACACAAGUGAUGCUACUAAAGCACAAGCUGCUGCUGUACCUCUGGAGCCAGAGAAGCUGAGGACAAGGGAUAAAGAGAGAUGCCAAGGGGCAGAGGUUGGCCCAGAGCUCCUCCUGGAGCCCAGCACAGGAGCAGAGUUGUGUCCUCCCCCUGGCAGCAGGGCAGUCAGCCUUCCUGGUGCAGAGCAUCCUGCAGAGGUGGAUCGCAGCUCAUCCGAGAGAUCUAAAAAGAGAGGUAGUGAGGGAGGAGGUAAAAAGCCCAAGGCUGGCCCUGAGCAGCCACCCGUGGGGCCUGAGAUGGAGUCUGGGAUGGAAGAAAUGGGCUUUGUAGAUGAGAACAGAAAUAUUAGUUUCCCCAUCGGCCCUCAAACGCUUUGGGAUAAUCAGGGAAACCACGUGGAGUCCUUGGCCUGGGGGGCACAUGGGGGGCUGCCUUCAGCUGGAGUGGCAGUGGAGGAGAGCAGGAAGGAGCCCGGAUCCGGCGAUGGGAAGGAGGUGUGCAGCCAAACACUGCCUGUGCAACCCAUGGGUGUGGGGCACGAAGAGCCUGGGAAAGAGGGGCCAAAGAAAGGGGAGGAUGGAGCCAAAGAGCCCGCUGCCCAGUGCGGCUUGGAGGCAGAUGCACCGCUUUCUUCUGCUCGUUCAGCACAGCGAGGCGUUCAGUCAAGAAAGGAUGAAGUUCUGCUUUCUCCUGUGGCGAAGGCAGAUGAUAAAGGGACUGAUAAAAAGCAAAGCGGUGCCAGCACUGCCUCUGCCCUUCCCCGGGAGGAGGUGGAUGCACAGCACUGCCCGGCACCCGGCGGUGCCCGAGGGGUGGGGGAAGAAGGAGGGGUCCCCUCUGGGGAGAAGGGUGCCGUGGCAGUUGGGAACGAAGCAUUGCAGGCUGCAGUGGAAGGGCUGAUGGGGAAGGACAGCGGGGGGAACGGCAUGGGUGCAGCCAUGGAGAGCGGCCAGCAUCCGCCUGGGUGGGGAGCUGAAGCGGAGGCGCCUGCUGUGGGUCCGACUGCUGCCCCAACAUCCCACAUCCACCCCGAGGAUGGCGGCGACGUUCAGCGCCGAACCGCAGAAGGCGAUGCUGGAGCAGCCCGCCCUGCUCAGGAACAAGAAGAACCUGACCCAAGAGCUGCCCCAGAGGCAAAGAAGGAGCGAGCGAAAGGCGCAGAGCAGCUGAAGGGCUACAUGAGACCCACCAAGGCCAGAGGGCAGCCCGCGCUGCCGGCCCGGCCCGCUGCUCCGGAUGGGGAGAAGCAGAGGCAGCUGAGAGGCAGCGCUGUGAGCCGGCCCAGGCAAGGCAAAGCAAAACCAGAGGAGCCCAAGGCAGCCGACGCCGUGACAGGGAACGACAUCACAGCACCCCCCAACAAGGAGCUGCCCCCGAGCCCCGAGAAGAAGACAAAGCCUGCAGCAUCCACACCAGCAGCAAAGCCCACGGCAACGAAAGCCAGGCCCGCGGCCGCCACCAGCCCCAAACGGCCGGCCUCUGCCACUCCUGGCCCCCACAAAAAGCCCACCAGCCCCACGGCGGGCCCUCCUGCCACCACCACUCCCAAGCGCCCGGCCAGCAGCGCCACGCGGCCCUCCACCCUCACUCCAAAAGAGAUUAAGCCAAAGGUCACAGAUGCAAAGAGCCCAGAUAAGAAGACCUUGCUCUCAAAGCCUCCAUCAUCUGCUGCUCCUCGUGCUGCUGCCCGGAGCACCGCUGCCACUCCUCGGACAACGGCCACCUCCCCUGUGACUGCAGCUGCUGGGGCAAAGAGCACCACUGCCUCCCCUCCCAAGAGGCCAACAUCCAUCAAGACCGAUGCAAAGCCUGCAGAUGCCAAGAAGGCCACAGCGAAGUCCCCGUCAGCAGACCUGGCCCGCCCUAAGAGCGCUGCUGGAAGUGCUGUCAAGAGCAGUUCCACCACCACCACCAGCACCACCAGCACUGCAGCUGUGCCCAGCGCCGCCGCCAGCCGCCCCAAACCCAAACCUGCAGCAGCCAAACCCACCGCCGCCUCCAGCGCCGCCGCGGAUGCAAAGAAACCACCUGCAAAGGCUGCAACCAAACCCAGCGCUGCCCCCAAAGCUCUGCGCCCCACCAGCAGUGCUGCUGCUCCAGACCUGAAAAACGUCCGUUCCAAAAUCGGCUCGACGGAUAACAUCAAGCACCAGCCUGGAGGAGGAAAGGGGAAGGUAGAGAAAAAGCCAGAAUCAACCGUUGCUGCCCGAAAGUCUGAGCCCAAUGCGGUCCCUAAAAUGGCUCCAACUAAAACAGCUGUAACAAAAGAGGGUGUCCCCAAACAGCCCAAUGGGAAAGUCCAGAUAGUCUCCAAAAAAGCGAACUACAGCCAUGUUCAGUCCAAGUGUGGUUCCAAGGACAAUAUUAAGCAUGUCCCUGGAGGUGGGAAUGUGCAGAUCCAGAACAAGAAAGUGGACCUCUCCAAAGUGUCCUCCAAGUGCGGCUCGAAAGCAAAUAUUAAGCAUAAGCCAGGGGGAGGAGAUGUCAAAAUCGAGAAUCAGAAGCUGAACUUCAAGGAGAAGGCCCAAGCCAAAGUGGGUUCUCUGGACAACGUGGGACACUUGCCAGCAGGAGGAACAGUGAAGAUUGAAUCCCACAGGCUGACGUUCCGUGAGAAGGCGAAGGCGCGCACCGACCACGGAGCGGACAUCGUCGUCGCCUCCAAACCCCCCACCCUCCCCAGCAGCACCUCUGCCAGCGACAGCCCGGCCUCCCCGGCACCGCCGCAGCCGCCGGCUCUCCCCGCCGCGCUCCCACAGCAAGGCUUGUGACCCCCCGCCCCGCGCCCCGUAACGCAGCUUGGCUCUCUUCACGCGGCCUCCGGCUUCACGCGGGACGGGGAUUUGCCCAGCGGCCCCCUCCCUUUGGCUUUGGGGGUUUGGGGGUCAGUGCUGUGCUGUCCUGGGGGCUCCGGGGGGAGCGCGGUGGCGGCCGGGCCGAGUUAAUAGGGAUAAGCUGUGAUUUCUUUCUUUUUAAGAGAACCCCCUUUUCCUCCUCGCUGCUUCGUUCCCUGACCCCAUUGACGCUGUUACCACACACAUUAGGGCUGUUUUAACUGUUGACUUUUACCUUUUAUUCUUUGUGACGACGUGUUGAUGAUGAUUUAUCGUGCUACAAACCCACACCGAGGCUCCUUUCCUCCUUCCUUAACCAUAGCAGAGUAGGGACAUUAACCGCUGCUGCAGUGCUGCUUCUUACUGACAUAUCCAGCAGUCGUAACUUUUGUUGUUGGUUGGUUGUUUUGUUUUCUUUUUUUUUUAAUAAUAUUUUAAAAACGAUGGAGCAAAUUCAUGGGAUUAAGCCAUGUCCGAAAGCGAAAGGCGUAGGGAUGUGUUGAAGGAAAGCUUCUUGGUGAGCAGCUCAGGCAGAGCUGUGUUGGCUGCAGCCAGACGCGUUGCAUUGGUGCCAGCCCUGCUGUGCGGCGACGUUGGGUUGGCUGUCGGUUGGAUUUUGGCUGGUUGUUGGGUGUUGGUUGGCUGUUGGCUUUUGGUUGUUGGUUGGUUGUUGAUUGCUGGUUGGCUGUUGGUUGUUGGUUGGUUGGUUGUUGGUUGGCUGUUGGUUGUUGGUUGGCUGUUGGCUGUUGGUUGGCUGUUGGUUGGUUGUUGGCUGUUGGUUGGCUUUUGGCUGGUUGUUGGUUGCUGGUUGGCUGUUGGUUGCUGGCUGUUGGUUGCUGGUUGGCUGUUGGUUAGUUGUUGGUUGGUACAGCCCAGCUAGGGCUCAUUCGGGCUGGAGGCUGAGCACGAGCUGUGCAGCUCUGUGGGCUCCUGGGCAGCUCCAUGGCUUUGGGGCAGCUCUGUGGGUUCUGGGAAACCCCAUGGUUGCAGGGCUUGGAGUGGGGCCGGGAAGUGCAGAGGGUUUGUGGCUGUGAGACGGGGAGGUGAGCUGCUGCGUGAGGCCAGAGCUCCUCGUUCCGUGUUUGCAAAUGACACUAAAAAAAAGAUGAGAUGUAAAUAAAAGAAAAAGAUAAAAAAUAAUAAUAAUAAUAAUAAACCAGAAAAGCCGUUCUUGGGUCGUCGAAGUAAUUUAAAGAGAAAAAAAAAAAAGCAAAAAAAAAAAGCAGAAUAAUGAAACACUGGGAUCAAAGUCAAUGGAGGGGAGCAGGCGCCGCCGGGGGCUGCGCGGAGGGGCGGAGGGAAGCUGAUGGCUUCUCAGCUUUGUGGGAACGGUUCUUGGGGAAGCCGACAACGACACGAUAACCCGGAAUCUGUAUUUACACACAAAGAUUCUUAUUGCACUUGUAUUUUUUAUAUUAAAGUUUGCAUGAUUUCUAAUAAAAUGGCAUUAAAAUGUACUAGUUUGCAUCCAAGUCGUCUGCUAGUUUCAUAAGUGCUUUUUUUUUCCUCUGGAUACAAAUUGAAACGAGCAAUGCAGAUUUGCACCUGAGCGGGGCGGUUAUAUAUACCCACAGCCCUGCUGCCUUCCUCCUCCUCCUCCUCCUCCUCCUCUUCACCACCUCCCCCCUGUGCCCCCCCAGCUCCACUGAGCUCCUCCUGCCCCUCUCCCCCCCCCGGCCUCCUGCACACCCCCCAGUAUAUAUCACUGCCCCUCCGCUGAUGCUUCCUUCUUUCCAUUGCUAAAUUCUGAACACCAGAGCUCCAUCUCUGCAAUCCAUCGAUACGUAUUUUUUAUUUCUAUUUUUUUUCUUAGUUUUUUUCCAGCACUUUUGGAAUAGGGCUGUUGGAAAGAGGGGGCUCAGGGCAGCUCAGCCCCUCCGCCUCACCUCCCAGAGCCGGACCGGAGCGCGUGUGGGGCCGGUGCUGCUCUGAGUCCCCAUAGAGGCAGACGUGGCCCCACUCAGCUCCAGCACUGCUGUAGGAAAGCGAUGGCAACGCUGCACUUUAUCUUUGCACUGCGUUGGGUCGCUGCUGAACCGCCGCAGCGCUGUGGGUCGCUGUGCUCACUGUGCGACGGCUGCGGUGCCGCUCGGGGCAGCGCUGAUGUCGGGAGGCGGCUGCAUGCAGUGCGUUGGGUUUUGGCCGUGCAUGGAGGCUGCUGGGGGCAGAGCAGGACAGGGAGCGGUGCCUGGAGCUGCCCGAGGGCCUCUGGAACCAAAAGUCUUUUGGGGAGGGCAAAAAAAAAAUCAUCCUGAUUACUUUUAAUGGAGUUGUGGUUCGACUUUGAUGCAACGUGAAUGUACGGCCGCGCGGUGCUGAGCGUGGGGCCCGGCGUCGGCUGCAGCGAUGGCACAGCGCAGUGCUGGCGGUGGUGGAGAUGCUGAGUGCAGGGAUGCGCUCUGAGCGCUGUGCCCUGGGCUCGGGGUGGGAGCACGGAGGGGCUCAGAGCGGCCAAGCGGCUGUCGGCCCCCGGGGGCUGCCGUGUCAUUGCCGGUGUGGUUACUAUGGGCCUUUUUCUACUGUACAAGCAGUUUACUGUCCCGGCUGCGGACUGAAUGUAGCGCGCUCUGCUGCCCCUGGGCUCCCCCUGGCUCUCAGUGGUGGCGUUAGGGCAGAAUUUGUCAGCAGCAGCCCCCGGGUCUGGGCACAAAGCCCAGGGCACAGCGGAGGAGCGCUCCGUCCUUCACCCCAUCCCCACCCGGCUUCCCCGCGGCGCUGCCCGUGCCAUCCCUGCACACAGAGCCUCGCUGGCCGCCAGCUGGUGUCUGGGAUCCAUCAGACACGGGGCUCCUCCCGCAUCUCCCGAGCGCUCAGCAUCGCUCCGUCACCCCGGGACGUGGGGCGGGAUGUGGGGCAGCGCACGCAGACGCAUUCGGCCCCAUGUGGGGCGAGCGCAGCACCAGGCUCCCGGCCCUGGGCAGUCAUAGAAGCCCUCUGCCUCAGUUUCCCCACCCGUGGGGGGGACGAUGCGUACCUCACUGUGAGGAGUGCGGGCAGCGUUGGCUACAUGUGAUGUUUCCUCAUUAUUUUGUGCUGUAUGGAGGUUGUGCUGCAGCUCCAGGGUCGGAGCUGCACAGCAGUGGGGCAGAGGGUUGGGGUCCCCCCUGGGGGCAGUGGGGCAGAGCUGCUCUGUACCCACGCAGGGCUUUGCGUGUCUGUCUCCUGAGCACCAUUUCCUGAUUUGAUGUUGUGAUUCUCUUCCUAUUGUAAACGAGUUGAAAUAAAUAAAGCUUCUCGAUGUUGCCCUCA